CUCGGUGCUCACACGAGCUGAUCUGAUCGCCGGCGACAUCACUCGGGAGGCAGGUCGGGCGCGUGGUCCCUGCAGGCGAGGCGAGGAGGCGAGGCCAAGUUCUCCGUGCGCCCCUGCACCCUUCCAGGCUCUCGCACCUGCAACUGGCAAAGAGUAACAACCCCAGGCUGUUGGGAACGUAAGUGCGCCCUGGCGGCCCUGCCCUCAGUCCGGGCUGCAGCUCUCUGAGCGACUUUCUAUCUGUCCGUCGGUCCUGCACAGCGCAACGAUGCCAGCUCCCCUUGAGACCUGCAUCUCCGACCUCGACUGCGCCAGCAGCAGCGGCAGUGACCUGUCCGGCUUCCUCACCGACGAGGAAGACUGUGCCAGACUCCAACAGGCAGCCUCCGCUUCGGGGCCGCCCGUGCCAGCCCGCAGGGGCGCGCCCAAUAUCUCCCGGGCGUCUGAGGUUCCAGGGGCACAGGACGACGAGCAGGAGAGGCGGCGGCGCCGCGGCCGGACGCGGGUGCGCUCCGAGGCGCUGCUGCACUCGCUGCGCAGGAGCCGGCGCGUCAAGGCCAACGAUCGCGAGCGCAACCGCAUGCACAACUUGAACGCGGCGCUGGACGCACUGCGCAGCGUGCUGCCCUCGUUCCCCGACGACACCAAGCUCACCAAAAUCGAGACGCUGCGCUUCGCCUACAACUACAUCUGGGCUCUGGCUGAGACACUGCGCCUGGCGGAUCAAGGGCUGCCCGGAGGCAGUGCCCGGGAGCGCCUCCUGCCGCCGCAGUGCGUCCCCUGCCUGCCGGGUCCCCCAAGUCCCGCCAGCGACGCAGAGUCCUGGGGCUCAGGUGCCGCCGCCGCCGCCUCCCCGCUCUCUGACCCAAGUAGCCCCGCCGCCUCCGAAGACUUCACCUACAGCCCCAGCGAGCCUGCUUUCUCCUUCCCAAGCCUGCCCAAAGACUUGCUCCACACAACGCCCUGUUUCAUCCCUUACCACUAGGCCCUUUGUAGACACCGUUACUUUCCCCCUCCCCUAGUCAGCAGGCAAUAGAUGGGGCCCCAGCUGCCGCCUCGGGACCCCCUCUACGCGGAGGGAGGAAGCGGGAGCUUUAAAGCGGUCAGGGAUACCUGAGCCGCUUGUUAGGUCGCCGCACACUCGCUGCGGCUGCCUCUUGGUCUGUUUCCCCAGCCCUCAGCCCCGGGCCCCUCCUGCCCGCCCCUAGACGGCCUUUCCUUUUGCACUUUCUGAACUCCACAAAACCUCCUUUGUGGCUGGCUCAGAACUGACCCCAGCCACCACUUCAGUGUGAUUUAGAAAAGGGACAGAUCAGCCCCUGAAGACGAGGUGAAAAGUCAAUUUUACAAUUUGUAGAACUCUAAUGAAGAAAAACGAGCAUGAAAAUUCGGUUUGAGCCGGCUGACAAUACAAUGAAAAGGCUUAGAAAGGAGAGACAAGGAGUGGGCUUCAUGCAUUAUGGAUCCCGACCCCCACCACUGCAGGCUCGCUCUAGGAAGAACUGGAGACUCUUGCUUAGCUAUUCAGACACAGGGCUGGAGAGUACUUUAAUUUAUUCAAGAUGCUUCAUUCAUAUGAAAAUGUAUUUUUGUACAUAAAGAGUUUAUUAUGAGCUAUCAAAGUUUACAUUUUUGUACUGCAGAUGCUUCAUGUAAAUAAAAACUAAGAAAAAAAUAAGUCA